UGUCCGAUAGAAAGGAAUAAAGCUUUCAUUGUUCCUUUAAAAAUUAAUUUUAGAAAAACAGGAAAAAUGAAGGAAUUAGACAUAAAUAUCGAAGGAUAUAAUGUAAACGGUAUAUGUGUUGGCUGUCUUAACUAUAACAGAAAGAUGUUUUACAGAAAUGAAGUGAAAGAAGCGUUUAAAAUUAUCGGUGAAAUCGAAGUACCAGAUGGUCUCUCCAUACAGGUUUGCUGGGAAUGCCUAGCUGCUGUACAAAAUUUAAUGAAAUUCCGACAGAGAGUCCUUGACUCCUAUGAUGUCCUUAUUAAAUAUUCACGUGAUUAUCCUUUCCUCAAUUCUCCACAUGAUUUAUCACAACAUGCAUCAACUAAAUUAGGCACACAUGUAAAUAAUCAAGAAGUGACAUAUGAAGAACAAGUUGUUGAGUUUACCAUUAAAGAAGAAGUUGUUAAGGAUGAAGAUUGUGAUCGAAUAAAUAUUGAUGUAAAGGAUGAAUCCUAUGAUAUGCGAGACUUUGACACACAGUCAUCAGAAGAUGACACAUUUUUGGUAGAAUUAAAGAAAGAAGUUACAGAUAAAAAGAGAAAGAGAGAAAAGAAAAAGAAAAAAGAGAAGAUUAAAUCACCAGUGUUAAAGAACCGUUUAAAAAAUCUCCCACAAGAAAUAGUUGAAUUAUACACAAUGGAUGAACAGGAAAUGUGGUCAGUUAGAUCGCAAGAUGUCACCAGUGAAGAAUUUGCUAAAGUCAAACACAAAUGUGUGGAUUGUGUGAGAAUAUUUGCAACACAGAAGUUGAUGGAUUAUCAUAUAGCUGGAAAACACUCUCCAAAAGACAAAACCUCAAUACAAUGUGAUGUAUGCAAAGCGUAUUUUAUUAAUAAGGAAAAUAUAUCAGUUCAUCGGAAUCAACAUUUCAGUGCUUACAAGUGUCGAAUAUGCGGUCUAGUUACAACAUUAAAAGGAGUUAUGUCGAGACAUGAUUGUGCAAAACCGUCAGUCGGAUAUGUUUGCUCCAUAUGUAAUAAGGAUUUUAGUACAAAGUCAAAACUGGUGUAUCAUAGAAGCAUCUGCAAUGAAGAGAGACCUCAAUGUGAUUGCUGUGGAAAGGUCUUCGCUAAUAAGAUCACACUUAAAUCACAUCUUAAAUCGAUGUCAGGAACUCCCACAACGAAGAAACCAACUAAAAGUAUGCUCAUACCAUGUAAAGGGUGUGAUAAAGUUUUCUAUUCAGCGAAGAGCUACAGGGCGCAUGUCGUGAUCCACGACGGACUGAACUAUCCGUGCCCCAUUUGUGGCAAGCUGUUUCUAUGGAAGCGGAAUCUCGCAAGGCACACGCGGAAUCACCGGGAAAGAGAAUCGGGGACAAUGCAUCAAUGUAGGGAUUGUGGCAAAACAUUUUCCAGCCGGGAUUGUUAUAAUAAUCACAUGAAACUCAGCAAGAAACAUGUCCACGAGAGUGCUUUAAGCCACGCGUGUCAGUACUGCAACAAGCGAUUUGCAGCGAAAUGGUGUAUGGUGGAUCACAUCGACUGGGAACAUCUCAAGCGCAUCAAAUAUAGAUGUCAAGUGUGCUAUAAGCCUUUCAAAACUGCGAAAAUUAUGAUGGCUCAUAUGAAUAAUAUACAUGAGGGUAGAAACAAAAUGGAGCCGGAGAGUGAGCAUUUGUGUGAGAUUUGCGGGAAAUCUUAUAAGACUGUAAAACGGCUGAAAGGCCACGUUUGGGCCAUGCACACGAACCGGACGGACACGAAAAGCUUCAAGUGCUCCUUCUGCCCCGCGACCUUUGCCUGGCAGACCUCGAUUUAUAAACAUAUGCGCAUGAUGCACGACAAUAAACGAAAACAAUCACGCGCCCUCCCAAAGAAGCAAGAUUCGUAUGAAGUGGAAAUCGCGAAUCGCAUGCAAUAUUUUCCGCAGAACAUCAAUGUAGGGCAGAUACAACCAAUAAAUAUUGUGCAGAAUAUAUAAGAAACCAUCUCUGUGUUGUUGUGUUCUGUGAUUCGAAUACACGAUGAAUACGGAAUUUAUUAAAAAAUACAUUUCAAAACAGCGCCCUCUAGCGGCUAGAGUAUCAUUUUCAAGAUACAAAAACUACAAUUAUAUAGCCUUAUUGAACUAAAGAUAUCGUUUUUGAUAAAAUCCCAGUAUCCUUUCUGUGUGUGAUUGUGUGUUCUGUGAACACACUACGACAAAUACAGAAUUUAUUAAAAAAUACUUUUUAAAAUAGCGACCUCUAGCGGCAGAAUAUAGCUAAAAUUACACACAAUCUAUAUUGGACUGAAAAUGCCGUUUUAGUUACCAUGGUUACCAUGGUUACCUGUUCUUUAAACUGGUUGUCAUGGUAACGGUAAAAGAGUAGGAUUACUGAUGCCAUAUUAGUUAUUACUAUUAUAAAAUUUAUUGCACCGAUUUCACUAAGGCGUUCUGUCUCUUUUCAUCGCAGAAUAAACAUAAUUUGAAAGAAAGAGACAAAGUACUUUGAGUUUCAAUUUGAAUAAAUAAGAGCGUAGAUAGAUUAUAAAUAUUAUUGUAUU